AUGCUAUUCAUGCUUAUUCUUAUAUCUUAAGCCUUAGGCGAUUAAAUAGUAUUAACAUAAAUCUUGUGGAGAAAUGGUGCAUGUACACCAAUUUAUUGCAAUUGGAAAUGCAAGGAAUUUGAAUAAUAGGGAAUGUUGAAUGGAUAUUUGACACCCAUAGGAACAAGAUAACAUUAUGUUUUAGGAUAAUGGCUAAGAAAGAGAUAUAUCGAGGAUAUGAAACUAUUGAGUUAGUUUUACAAUGAAGCAGAAAUCUACAUUGAGAGCACAGAUGUAAAUAGAACGAUACUGAGUGCAUUGAGCAAUUUUUAAGGCAUGUACCCGAUGGGAACAGGUCCAAAAAUUAAUACAAAUUUGAAUCACUCUUACUUACUUCCACCGAAUUAGAAAGAAUUUGAAGAUUUUGGAGAUGAAGCCCUUCCAGGAUUAUAACAAGCUGUUCCAGUGCAUGUAAGAGAGAAGUAGUAAGAUAUAUAUCUGAGAGGGUAUGAUGCCUAGGCUUGUCCUAGAAAUGAAGAAUUCAGAAUCAGCAAUGUCAAUUCUAAACUAUACUACGAAAUUAAUGAUAGGGCUCAAUCUUUAAUAUCGGAUUUUGCAUAAUAGUUAGGGAUUGUUGCAUCUCAAUUAGUAUAUUUGAAUAUCAUUUAGAACAUAACAGAUUUAUACUAUUAUCAGGACACUUUCGAUUCUUGUCAAUAAAAUGGGUAUGACUUACCGAAGCUAAAGGAGAGUACAAAGUCAUAAAUGCAACUUCUAUAGUAUCUCUAUUUCUCUCUUGAACAUAACAUAGAUUUUGAGUAUUUGAUUGAGACACAUAUUUUAGAUAAACUUGUCUUUUGGCUACUCCAUUUUUUACAAAUGUGUUAUUGAAUAUGGAGAAUAAGAUUAAUAAUCAAACAGAACAUAAGUUUAGAAUCUUCUCUGCUCAUGCUGCAACUGUUUAAUUGAUUUUGAAUGCUCUUAAUCUAACAUCAGUUGAAUGUGUAAAAUAGGUGUAUUUCAAGGAGGAAGUAUAAAAUAAAAACUGUAUCUACACAUUUCCCGGUUAUGCCAGCAAUAUUAUAUUCGAAUUGUAUAGAAAGUUAGGUCAUGAGAAUAAGUAUUAUGUUUAAGUAUUGUAUAAUGGCACUUUGAUGCCAAUUUGUAAUAAUAAAUACAAAUGUGAUUAUGAGGAGUUUAGGGCCAUAAUUUAAUUCUAAAAUAUUAAGAAUUACGAGGAUGAAUGUUUAAUUGUAAUUUUUUAAUCUAAAAUUAUAGUUUCCAAAAAUAAAAAAACACGCAGCUCCUUUUUUACUUUAGGCAAUUAGUGUAGAAAUAACCAUAUUGUUCAUUAUCUCUUUUUGUAUUGUUUAUUUAUUGAGAAGAUAAAGAAAAUUAGAAGAGUAUACAAAAAUAAUUGAAUAAUUUGAUGCUUGA